AUGUCCGAAAUCCUUGUCAUCACCUGCCCCAGCGGCAAGCAAUGCUCCCACCUCAUCCCUCAGGUUUAUGACAAGGGCAAGUUCCAGCUCCGCCUUGCAGCGCACUCUGGAUCUUCCGCCGCGAAGUUGAAGGAGAAGUACCCAAAGGCAGAGGUCGUCGUGGUCGAGCUCACAUCCUUGUCAUCCUGCCAAGAUCUCGUGGCCGGAGCCUCAGUCAUCUAUCAUGUCGGCCCUUCUCUUCAUUCGCGCGAGCUAGAGAUGGGACUCAACAUGAUCGACGCCGCGGUCUCUGCGAAUCCGCGACCUCGACAUUUUGUUCUUAGUACUGUCGCCGGCACGCAGAUCCGCUAUCUCAUGCAGCACGACCUCAAGUGCCGCGUUGAGGAGCGUCUCUAUCUGAGUCCUAUCAACUGGACGAUCUUGCAGCCGUCCAACUUCAUGGACGCGUACCCUGUUGCCGAGUUGGCUGCCCAGGAUGAGCCACACUUUGAAUACCGCUGGAACCCGGACAUGCAGAACAGCUUGAUCGCACUGAGAGACUUGGGGGAAGCAGCGGCCAAAGUGCUCCACGAGGGCGAGAAACACUACUUUGCACAGUACCAGCUGACCUCGACCAUGCCCAGGUCGGACGGGGUUGUCAUCAGAAUCAUUGAGCAGAUGAUAGAGAAAGAUAUCAAGGCCAAGGUAGUACCGCUCGAGACCGCAACACAGAGCGUUCUCGGCUGGCUGUUCACGAAGGAACUGGACGGCAGCCAAGGUUCGCCAACGGCUGCAGCAAACACUGGAGAUAUUCGGCCCGAUAUCACCCAAGAUGAGAUGGAAAGGAUCAUCCUGUUUUCCAACCGUCGCGGACUGAGAGUUAGUCCCAAUAUCAUGCGGUGGCUUCUUGGUCGAGAGCCAACCUCUGUGGAGGAAUGGGUGCGGCUGGAGCUAAACAAACAAGUCCCUCAGUCUAGACAACAGAUAGAUUUAGACAAGAGAUUGAGUGUGACAUAG